AUGGCUGUUGUCCCUGCUGUUGCAGAAGAAACGUUUUUAUCUGAUGUCCAUCUCUAUACACCCUUUUUUCAAACGUCCAAGAACAAUGUUGGUAUGUAAAGUCGAUCUGAUACGAAGCAAUCUGUUUUUGAUCGAUAAUAAUUCGCAAAAAGAGUUAAUAUUUCUACCAUGUAAGCUAAUAUAAUAAUCUAAUUAUUUUCAUUUUAAUUAUUAAUAAAUUAUAAUAAUUUCUAUAUCUAUAUCACAGCAAUAUUCAUUGUUUUAUUUAGAGACAAUACAGUAACUUCCCAAGCAAAUAAACCUGGGGAUACAGUAUUUGGUGUACUGGACCCAUCCCCUGAGGUUUUCCAACCUUGGCACUGUUAUUUGCUAAUUGCAAAAUAACCAUGUGUACAACUUAGGAAUGAACCACUUUAGUAUAAUGAUGGGGACGGGUUGUGGGGGGGGGGGGGGGGGGGGGGAGUUUGGGGGGGGGAGGAAUUUUUCCCCUUUCUAGGCCCCCUUUUUUUUAUUUUUUUUUAAAAGCGGGGGAAUUUUUUUUUAUUUGUUGUUUUUUUUUUUUUUUUUGACCCUUUUUCAGACUUUCCACACCCGUUUUCAGACCUGAUAUUCCAAUUGAAUGCCCCACAGGAGUCCCAAGCUCAAAGAAAAUCGGUGUGGCGUUGCAAGACUGUGUAUAGAAAUAACAUACUGAGGUCAUUAGUUUUAUUUUUAUUUUUUUCUAUAAAACUGGGAGACUUGCCUUUGAUGUACCCUGUGAUUUUGGUGUGAAUUUAACGAUUUAGUUGAAAACAAAAACCGACUAAACCGAGGAAUUCACUCCAAGAACAGUUGAAUACAUCAAAGGUAAGAGUCCUUUAUUUAUUUUAUAGAAAAAAAAUAAAACUAAUGAUAUUUAGCGUUUGCAGACCUCUCGUCAGUAUUUUAUUUCUCAUACAGGCUCAACGGUCGCACCGACUCUCUUGUGAGAAAGUAAAUUUGCACGUAAGCUUUUGAAUCUCAAUACUGCGGAAAAUUUAUUUUAACAGCGUGAUUGAUUAAAUAAAACCAGUUUUUAACUUUCCCUCUGAUGAAUCACCACAUGUACAGCAUCUUUAGAAAUAGAAGCCUUCAUUAAUUCAACAGCAGUCACAGCUUAAUAUAAUUUAUAUCCUUACUGUAAAAGGCCAUUUCCGCAUUCUUUUAAAUGGCUUAUCCUUGACAUUACAUAUUGCGCUUACGAUGUAUAAUGUAUCAAAAACAUCAAUUUUAUCUCAUUCAGAUUGAACGCAUAGCAAAUCCCUCCCCUCGAACAGAGAGAGAUUGUUAAUUACACGAUUGACAAUCGUUAAUAUCGUCAUAUAGUCGAAUUAUAAUCAUCAGUCAUAACUCGAAUUAAUGAGUAUUGAGAGCUAAAGUUUAUCUCGGUAAGCUUUACAACUGUAAUUGUCACUAAAAUAAUUAUAAUAUAGUGAUUUUGAGAUGACUAUUGAUGUACAUUCAAGCCGAAGCAACCAAGAAUAGAGAAUGAAAGAUUUCAAGAAUGGGUAACAGUUUUGUCCUGUUUACGCAGUUGUUGAUGCGAAGUUGUUGAUGCAUGUCCGUCAUCGUGACGGACAUGCUACACUUCAUGACAGAAACAUGCAGUGUUCUUUUCCUCUUGGUCAUCGGGCUCUCGUCGUCUCUCGGCUAUCCCGGCGACAAUCUCGGCAUCGUCAUCGAGUGUCUAUGAUCAUGGAGGUGGUUGUUGGAACAUACGAGCAAGUUCUUGUUGGAUUUGAUAUACUUACUGCGGAUGACGAGCUUGAGGUAACAUGCACAUACUUAACAUAACAUAAUGAGGGCUUAUGAGUGAAACAAUUUGAUUCCUUUUGCUUUUUCCCAAGCAGUACAGGUUGAAACCAAAAUUCGCUGAGAAGGAGCAUACGGGUUGUAUCAAAUGUGCAGCUAACAACGGGGCAGUUCUUGCUACAGGGAGUUCGGAUGAAACGAUACGGCAAGUGAUUUUUUUGUAANGUUAUUUUAUAAAAGCAAUAGAAAACUUUUUUCCUGUGUUUGCAUAGCCUGAUAUAAACACUCGAGGCGUUGGGAGAAUUCUCGACAGUUAUGCAAACCCUCGACUUCGUCUCGGGUUUGCAUAACUGUCUCGAAUUCUCCCAACCCCUCUCGUGUUUAUAUCAGGCUAUGCAAACACGGAAACCGUUUUCUAUUGCUUAAAUGUAAGAUUUUACAAGUUAUCUCAGUUAUUUUAAGAAUAAUGUUUGUCACGAGUACAUGAAGCUUGCGAAUGCGACGACCGGCAAUAUGUCUGAGUUCGCAGGCUAAAGUACAUAAAAUUUUUAUUCUAUAGAUAAUGACAAAUCGUUGCUUUAAUCAUUCUUUCUUGCUUUUAUUUUGCUCUUGUUUUGCUUACAUGUACUAGAGCAUAGUCUGUCCACGCCAAUGAAAGAUGUGGGACUGCAGGUGAUUAUUGAUUAUCUAGUCCCUUUUAAAUUGAAAAAAAAAAGACAGUAACACAGGAAGAAGAGAGAGAAAUGGCUUUUCUAUGACUCAAUUUUGCUUGAAAAGGGUCUGGUUUUAGCCUUAUGAUUCUUGUAGGUUUGAAUUUGUGGUUUGUAGGUUUUAGAGGCAGUGUUAGUGGCCAGUCGUUCAGCAAGCAAAAAAGUCAAGUCUGAUAUUUCAGGACCAGUGGUUUCCAUUUUUUGUUUUGUUUUUUUUUUUUUACACGUCUGCAGCUUAUAGGUUUUGAUCAAGUGCUUUUUGAAGGGACUUAUUAUCAGAGAGAAAUUAGAUUUCUAAAAAUGGCUGUUUACAGAUUGGAGAGAAAUUCCUGUUAGAAAUUUUUCAAUAUGGUAAUGAUAAUAAUCAUUAGGGCAUUGACUUCAACCACAACAGCAAAAAACUUCAUUAAAGAUGGAGAACCAUACCAACCAUUUAUAAAUGAAUACUUACAAUAACCUUCAACUAACAACAAGCAAUGGUAGUUUAUAAUACAGCUGUGGUUCACAGAAAUUAUAUGGGUGAAAACUCACAUCUGGAUUUGCCUCAUAUACUAUAGUUCCAAUAUGGUUAGGUAUGGUUAAGGUUUCUGUAUCAGGGCAUUUCCCAAUAUAAGCCCCUGGCUGGGGGUUUCUGUAUUUUUUUUUUUUUUUUUCAAUUUCACAUUUUCAUCUGCUUUCAAAAUCCAAACAUAAGAUACUUGAUGGAAGAGCAAACUGCUCUUGUUCGGUAAAGGCCGCCAUUGGAAAAGAAAUUGUUGCUGAUUUAUUGUAAAGCCUAUGAUGGGAAAGAUUAAAGAGAAUAAUGGAUACCACAGAGUUUUCUUUGCUCUUUCCUACAUUAUAGUUUAGAAUCUGUAUCAGCACACUGUAAAUGCCACCUCCACCUUAACUGAGAUAGCCCUUACACUUCAAUAGUUGUUCAAACUUUUGUAACUACACAUUAUAUUCACACUCUUUUGUCUUACUCUUUUUCUGCAACCAGGUUUGGAGGGGAGCUCUCUUACUUUCUGACUUUUUAGUUUACAAUGAAGAAAGGUACAAUCCUGUUACUAUGUCAUUUUUUCUCUUCAAGCAAGCCUCACGGUACCAGAUUUUUGUUGUUGUAACAGUUGUUGUUUUACGGUUCUUACAAAAAAAGCCAUCAAAAAAAUUACUUCUUCCUGAUUCUGCAGAUUUAAUAAGUGCAUUGCGUUGGAGCUUGGGGCAGGUCUUGGUUUAUGCAGUAUUGUAUUGGGAAGAGUGGCCAAAAAAGUGUUUUGCACAGGUAUGCUAAAAACUGCUAGCGAGUUUUAGUACCUACCAUGCGAGUUCUAGCUUUGGAAAUAACCAGUGUCACAACCGAGUAUGCAUGCAGUCUUAAAUGUCCACACCUGUUGUCGUCAUAGCGCAAUGUCUAUUUACCACAGUUUCAAGUAAAGUGCUUGUUUGGCAGAAUUAUAUGGCAUGAGGAACUUGUGAGAUGAUUGAAAUAACUAAUAAAUCCUUCAUGUUGGUUUAUUUCAUAUGCCUACUUUUUAUGGUUCCAAACAAAAUAUGGUUUAGGUAUUUCUUUCCUACCUGUCAUAACAUAAUGCACAAACACAUUUUUGAUCUUUGCUGCUUUGUAAACCAGUAGGUAAAUGAAUUUAAAAGGGGCGUUACAUGAAUAAUUAUGUAUAUAAAGUCAACUGGUAGUUUUUCCAGUCUUCUGAACUGUUAAGAACCACUGCUUUUUAUUUUAGGUCACUAGGUUAUUUGCAUGAUAUGAUUUGAAUGUUACCUUGCCUUUGUAUUAUAUUAUCAGAUUUAAGGGAGAAUAUUCUUCGAUGUUGCCAGAACAACAUAACUGCAAAUUCACAUCUCUUCAAGUACGGUAUGUGGUAUAUAUCAGGGGAGGAAACUGUGGAAAGUUUUUCAAGAGAUUGAAAAACUUUUUGAAAAACUCUCCACAUUUUCCUCCCCUAUAUACUACUGUUUAAGGGGCUUUAACUGAUUUCUCAGUUUCUUUAAAUUGUUGGCUAUAAACAGAAGAUUCAUUUUAAAAUUGUAAGAGCAGUGCAUUAAAUAAUUCAAUUUCUUUAUUUAAGUUGGACCCUGAGGAAUAGACGUUAUUCUAAUCUGAAAAUGUAGCAAUAUUUUUGGCGGUUCUUGCAACUUGGUUUACUUGGCCCUUUCCGACUUCUCAACACCCCCACUUUCAAAAUUUGGACAAGUGCAAAACCUUUCAUUUUACAAUGAGUUUUAUUUUCUUGCGAAAAAAAAUCCACAUUCUUUCAAAGACUUCGAAAGUAACCAAGAAUGAAAAGCAAAACCACGACUAUAAAGUAAUCAGUUCAGUGUCCGGAUCUCUAAAUUUACCGUCCUUUAUUCACGCACUGAGGCAGAGCGUCGUUUUGAAACAGAGUCUAGAGGCAACUGGGAAAUUGUCUACAAUGCUUGGUAAAAACCAAACCGAAAUCAUUACCAGUUAAUCGACAUUAUACGGUAGAAAAUCAAUAAAAUCUCCAAGCAAAGACAUGUAGGGCUGAAGUUCGGUCCGACACUUGUGAACAAGACAAGAAAGUUUUAGCACUUAAAGCCGGUAUAAAAAUGCUCAUCAGCAGUAACUUUCGGUAAGAUUUUCCCUGGACUUCGGAGACUUUCAGUGAAAAAAUAUCACGUGCAUGUAGUCCGAUUGUUAAAGAAAGUGACGUGAGUUGUCUCAGCCAAUCACAAUGUGUAAAAAUGCAGAACUAAACAAAUCACAAAAUUGUUUUCGACACUGAAUUUAAUACUGGUCUAAGUACGCAAUUAUUAUAUUUUGUUAUUAUAUAGGUUAUGACGUUGUUGCAGUUCGCAAGUUUGACUGGUUGGCAUCAGGGUUACCUACAGGUAGGUAUGCUGGCAUUUAGUUCCGCUUGGCAUGGUAGAUGUGUCACUUGUUUUACUUUGUUAACCGCCAAACAAAAUAUUUCCUUUUUUAUUUAGGUGAAGGUGAUUUCUGUUGGACGAAGGAAGAUCAAGAGGUUUUAAAAAACGCGACUGUAGUACUGGCCGCUGAUGGUGAGUUUGCCUUUCGCAUAUGCGAAGAAGCUGGCUGGAGUAGCCUGAAUAAGUCAAUAAGUUCGUUUAGAUACAUGAGAAAAGAGGUCUCUAAACAAGCAGACCAUCAAUCCAUCAUAAAAUCCCGGCUGAAAAUUUCGAAAGUUCCACCUAUGAAGCAGAUCCAGUUUCUUUUAUUUUCUAUCUUAAGCUGAUGGAUUCUGAGAAUUGUUUUGGUUUCAUAGUGAUAUAUGAUGAUUCGUUGACGGAUGCCUUCAUUGGAACAUUUCUGCGUCUCAUGGAAGCUAACAAACCGAUAACCCUUUUGUUGACCAUUGAAAGACGGUAAGUUUGACUGAAAGGAAAAUCAUUUCCUUAUGAUUCUAAUGGUUUGUUUCUAACCCUUGCACUAAAAGUCUGCCUCAAUGCCUGGUAAGCCUGGUAACCCUAGUUCAACCAGUUUUAACGGGCUUUUGAAAACGAUAAGCAACAUUGAAAGCCUGGUUAACCCUAGUUUCACCAGGCUUUUGAGGUAAACUUCAGACGUAACAAAACAACGAGGUUAACUGCAGGGACACGCAGCAAAAGAGUUAAAUUCCAUUUAAUAAACCUCCCCGACUGAAAAGCAUGCAGAGGUAGCUAUUUAGGUACAUUGUGUGUCUCAGGGACAUGACAUUGGAGUUGGUUUUGAAUUAAACACUUUUAGCCGAAUGAGUGCCUUUGCUAUCUGACACCGUUCGUUAUCUGAUUAUUGUUUUUAGUUUAAACUUCACCCUCGAGGAGCUUGCUGUGACAUCCCCAGCAUACAAUUAUUUUCUUAGCAGAAUAAAAGAGUUGGAAACCAAAGAGCAAAGACUAUCAACAAGAAAGCUUGACAUAGACUUUCCCAACUACCUUCAGUACGAGAGAGUAAAGGAACUGGUAAACUUUGCCUUUCGCUUCUUUUUAGUAACUUGUACGUUAUGAACAGCAGUUUAGCCUUGUUGAAUGUAGAGAGAGCAACGGACAGCCCAGACUUUAGGGAAAGCACUUUCUAACAUGCUAUCUUUUAUUCGUCUCAUUUUUUUAGGAGCUGUGGGAAAUUAAACCAGCUUGA